UCCCACUUACUCUCUUACCAAAAACAUGACAAAAUAAAUAUCCCUUACUCAGACAGUGCAGCCGCCCUUGUACGAACUUCGAAUUACAUACUCCAUAUAGAAUCCGCCUCCAGCGGCCGCCACAGCCCCCUUUCUCUCUGCUCUACUAAAGUUCUUUUUCGCAUUCAGUUUCCCGUCUCAGAAAGCUUGACCCUUCCAAAUUCCAAUGCCUUGCUUGCCCACGUUAUUCAUUUCAUUUGAAGAAGGGAAAAUUGAAAAGGGCCGAAGCCACCCAUUCGUCCUUCCAAAUCCAGAAUUCAUAUCGAUCUUAAAAAAUAGGGUUUCGUCCGCCUCCCAACUUAAGAGUUGAGACUUGGGAGUCCCAACGCCACAAAGCAGCAAAUUUCUUCAAUCUUAAAGUGUUUUGUAAAGCAGCAUUGAGUAUUAGUAUAUUACUCUUCUCAAAUCCAGAUUCCAGAGACCAGAGUUACUCCAACAAGGCAAAAACAUAUCAUAUUAUCAUCAUGAAUAUCCACAUAGAAGAAGAGAGGCAACUCGAUCCAUCGAAUGGCGAAACCGGCGGCGGUUCCAAUUCAAUCCCGGAAGGAGGAGGAAGCGGUGACAAUGACAAAUCCAGCACGCGUCACCGGGUCCUCCUAGCCAUCACCUACACAUCUCUGUUCGUGGGUUCCGUAUCAUCGAGCUUGCUCUCCAGAUUCUAUUUCAUUCAUGGGGGUUCAAGCAGGUGGGUCUCCACUUGGGUCCAAUCCGCUGGCUUCCCUCUCCUCUUCCUCCCUAUUUACCUCCCUCGCCUCUUCAACUCCAACGUCGUUGACGACUUCAUAACAUAUAGACGACGACCCUUCUCUCACUUCACCGCUAAGCUCCUCCUCAUAAGCCUAGUGAUGGGUCUGAUAUCGGGCAUAAGCAACUUCCUUUACUCAUGGGGCAUCUCAUAUCUCCCUGUCUCUACAUCAUCUAUCCUUCUGUCCUCCCAACUCGCCUUCAACCUCAUCCUCUCCGUGCUCAUCGUGAAGCAGCGUAUCGUCUUCUCCAACCUAAACGCGGUCGUCCUCCUGACCCUGAGUUCAAUCCUCUUGGCAUUCGGGUCCAGCCAUGAUAGACCCAAAGGUGUAACCCAGAUACAGUACUUCCUGGGCUUCUUCGCCAUUCUCUCAACGGGAUUUCUCUACGCUCUCUAUCUGCCACUAAUGGAGAUGGUUUACAAGAAGAGGGUUCAUUGCUACGAGAUGGUGAUCGAAAUGCAGAUCAUCAUGGGAGCGGUUGCCACAGCGUUUGCUUCGGUUGGGAUGGCGUUGGACGGAGGGUACCGAGAGAUGCGGAUGGAGAGCGAGAGCGGUUAUGAUUUGGGAACGGUAGCGUAUGGGUUGACGAUGGGAUUUAACGUGGUGACAUGGCAGGUGUGUUUUAUGGGAUCCGCGGGGCUGGUAUACCUGACGACGUCAUUAACGGGGGCGAUAUGCAUGACGGCGUUACUGUCUAUGAACGUGUUGGGAGGUGUUUUGGCGUUUGGGGACGAUUUUGGCGGGCCGAAGGUGGUGUCGACUCUAUUUUGUGUGUGGGGGUUUUGUUCCUAUGUGUAUGGGGAGUAUAAAAAAAUGGCGAAGGAGGGAGAGAAGCGGAAUGAUCAGGGGAUGGAGUUGGUUGGUGUUGCAACUACUGAUGUUGCUUGA